AUGACUUUAAAAAACUGCUUGACCUCCAGACUACUCCUCGUCCAACCACAUGAUGAUGAGACUUAUCGUUUGACGACGGAUUUUUCAGUACUAGGAUACGGAGGUGUAUUAGAAGAAUUAGAUCCCCUAGGUAAUGUAGUUGGAGUCGUAGGAUAUUUCUCUAAAUCCUUAGGAAAAGCGGAUCAUAAUUACACUGUAUCAGAUCCCGAACUACAAGCCAUUGUAGGAACUUUGUCGUUCUUCAAAUAUAUCCUUCAUGGCAGACCCUUCGAACUUCGGACAGACUACUCAGCCCUGCUAACCUUAACAUCUGCAAAACCCCCAAUUGGGAGAAUUGCAUGCCAAUUGGACUUUCUAUCUGAUUUUGAUUUUACUAUUACACACUUGGAGGGCAUAAACAACUCUGCAACCGAUGCACUCUCGCGAAACGUAGUGAAUGCAGUUAAUAUUAUGGAAUUCGAAAUAAAUCCAGAAGACUGGUGGGAUGAACUUUUGAAGGACGAUUACUUCGUCCCAGUUCUACACUUGCUUGACAAGUCAUCUCACGAACAGUUUAGUUCAACUGCCAAAGAGGAAGAGUUCAACCAUAGAGUACAAUCGUUGAGGAGAACACCAAAUUUUGUCAAGAAAUUCACAAUACAAAGAAAAACGUUGUGUGUUUGA